AUGCAAGACAUAGGCACUACUGUACCUAAAACAGCAGUAAGUUGUAGUAUUACACAACAAAGUGCUUAUAGGCUUUUCACGUAUUUCAAUCAUUUCAACGGUAAUACACUGUCUGGUUUUGCUCCGAAAGCCAAAAGUAGAAGUACAGAACAAAAAAAAAAACCCCCCUUCAGAAUCCAAGUGCCUUGACUAUCGCCUGUUAUCAAUACUCGGAUGGACCGAAGAAGAAAUUCUCUAAACUAAGAAGACAUCCAUAUUCCUUCCUCAUGUAAGCGUGCAACUAGAGUGAAUGCGGUU